UAUUAAACAAAUUAGAUGACUUUCGUCAACUCAGAUGGUAAAAGAAAGCCUGCUCCCUCUAAAUCAUCAUCGUAUUCUCAAUUUCUCAUUCUAUCCCUCAACUCCUUUCAACACCAGAAAGAGUAUCAGCUGGGUCUUUCAGACUUCCCUUUCUUCACCAUGGUGGGACAGCCGACGGUGACCAAACCUAGCCGGAGCGAUGAGGUGGUAGAUGCAGAUCAGCAACAACAGAUCACCAACCAGGUCAGAGCCCACUUCGAGUCCCUGGCACCCAACCGACCCACCAAGCCCAAUAGAAGCGAAUCGGAUUCUACAUCCACCCCACCAAUAACAUCCUACGUCCCUGAUCAACACGGCUUCGCUGUCCCGGAGCUGGACAAGCUUAUAUCUCUUCAAUCUCAAUCUCAUGCAACUUUAUUUGGCACGAGCCCAGUGGUGCAAGAAGAGUUCAUGGAGACCCAUUACUAUGAAGAAUUGGAUUCCGUUGACAAACAGCACCAUAAGACGGGAAGCGGUUUCAUAAAGGUGGCGAGCGAGAUCAACGGAAAUGAUUAUGAUCUUCGGCUGGAGAAUAAUCACGGAGGAAUUAGAGAGGUGGUUUUCAAAACCAACCCGGCAACGAACGAGUGGAUUCCCAGCCUUGAUAACCAUCAGGUUGCAUGCAAGUCUUCCAAACCCGACCGGAGUGAGAGCUCUUAGAUGGUCUUGGAUUGGUAUCUGCCGUUGGAUUCAUCUUUUCACCCUGUUUAUGAUAAUAUUCAUCUGCAAUUCAGAUUAUUGCUAUUAUUAUAUACUACUAUUAUUGGAGAGAGAUUGUAUGGAUGAGACUUUUUCUUCUUUGUUUUUUUUUAUUACUACCGGCGAUGAACAUUUGUGGACUGUGGAGUACAAUAAAUUCGAGGGCUUUCUUUCUUGGAUUAA